UUUCUCACUUUUCUCUAUGUUCACUUCCUGCCCUGAACUUAAAACCGUGCGAGGCAGUCGGGCUCAACGCUCUGUGGCAGCAGGUUUGACAGAGAGACUCGCUCCUCCACCACCUGACCAGAUGGAGUUUGCCUGCAGUCACGUGGUGUGCAACUGGCUGCCGGACAGAGCAGCAGCUUCUCUCCCCACUCUCUCCGGUUCUCUGAGUGGAGGGGCGACCCAGACCGCCCUCUGCAGGCCCCGCUCAGUCUGUGACCACGACUACGACAACCGGAUCGCUGUCAUCCCGAGGCCAGGCCCACAGCUGGUACCGCCUCCGCUGCCCCCCCGCAAGAGUUUGUCAAAAAAAAAAACGGCCCGCCCCCUCUCGACGCCUCCCCCCAUCCCGCCUCGAGGGCUGGAGGCCAGGGGCGAGGUGCCCCUCAGGGCCAACGUCAACGUGCUGUCGCUCUCUCUCAGCAGACUCGUGGACAUCAGCAAGGCUCCCUGUCAGCAGUCCACGCAGAGCCCGGUGUACUGCGACAAGUGCCGCGCUGCCAUGUCGUCGCUGAGCAGCGUACAGAACCUUCGCAACAACAAAACGGUGUGGUGCUGUGAGUUCUGCGGGCGGGAGAACGUCCUGCGCGCCGUGCCCCGGAGGCCAGUCCCCGGGAGGGACGUGCUGUACCUGAGCGAGGACCCCGACGGAGACUACAUCAACCUGGAGGACCUGCUGGUGGUCUUCUGCGUGGACGUGUCCGGCAGCAUGGGCGUCACCUACGAGGUCUCUGCAGGCAGCAGUGUACGGUCUCCAACAUACGUGUCCAGGCUGCAGAGUGUUCAGGAGGCCCUGCAGAUUGCGUUGUCCUCUCUGCUGCAGACAUCACCAAAGCGCAGAGUCGCUCUCGUCACCUUCAACGAUGAGGUGACAGUAUAUGGAGAUGGAACAGGUGCCCCUCUCACUUUAAGAGACUGGUCGCUGAUGGACUUUGAUUACCUGAAGAUGCAGGGGGAGAAGUACUCCACCCCCCACUGUAUUGCCGAGUCCAUCGGUCCCCUCACCCAGAAAGUGAAGGAACUUCGUGAAUAUGGAGCCACAGCACUGGGUCCAGCAGCGCUUGUCUCCAUAGCGAUGGCCUCUCGUUACAUGGGGUCAAAGGUGAUCAUCUGCACGGAUGGCCGAGCUAACAUCGGGCUGGGAGAGUUGGAACAGGCCUCCACCAGUUCCCCUUUCUUCUACAACGAGCUAGCCAAGGAAGCGGCCGACAGCGGGGUGAUCGUGUCAGUGCUGACCUUCGAGGGCACGGACUGCCGGCUCGCCGAGGUGGGACGACUGGCCGACCUCACGGGGGGGAGGGUGAACAUCGUGAAUAUCAGCUCAGUGUCAACGGAAAUCCAGACUGUCCUGGCAGAUAACGUCCUGGCCACCGGCGUCACAGCGACACUGCUGUCAGCAGAGGGCAUUUACUACCCUUAUGAGGAAGACUCGGCCCACAAGCUGGUCAGAGGCAUUGGCAAUGUGACGGAGGGAGCAGAGUUCACCUUCCAGUUUGCUGUUAAACCUGAAAGCAUAGAGAGUUUCCAGAGGAGGGACAGGAUACCUUUCCAGCUGCAGCUGGAGUUUAAAACGCGGGAGCUACAGAAAGCAACGCGCAUCGUCACAGACCAGAGACGAGUCACCACCAGCAGCUGGGUGUGGGCGGGCAGCCUGAACAUGGAGGUGCUGGGUGUUCACUGCGCUCAGCUGUGCGCCAGGCUGACCAUGGAGGGGAGGGUGCUGGAGGCCCAGAAACAGCUGCGAGCGCAGCAGGACCUGCUGAAGGACCUCAGUGAACAGAAACCCAGCCCUAAGGAGGAGAGUGUGUACGGAAACUGGCUCAGCACCAUGAGCGUGAUCUGCGAGGACCUGACAGGACAUAAUGAGGAAAACCAGGAGAACAAAGACCUGGUCAAGGGACUGUCGGAUGAGGCGGCCAAGGUUGUUUACCAGAUGAAGCGGGCCUCGAGCGCGGGGAAGAGCCAGCCACUGGGAUUGUGAUCAUUUCAGAGGGCGACAUGGCUCAGGCAGUAAGAGUAGUCGUCUGGCAGUCGGAGGGUUGCCGGUUCGAUCCCCUGCCCGGGCUGUGUCGAAGUGUCCCUGAGCAAGACACCUAACCCCUAAUUGCUUCUGACGAGCUGGUUGGCGCCUUGCAUGGCAGCCAAUCGCCGUCGGUGUAUGAGUGUGUGUAUGAAUGGGUGAAUGAGAAGCAUCAAUUGUACAGCACUUUGGAUAAAGGUGCUAUAUAAAUGCCUGCCAUUUACCAGUGUGCAGUGUGCUGUCCCUUUCCAGCUGUUCCAUUUUUGUUUUUAACAAAAUUUUAACCCUUGAAAAUGGCUAAUCUUUUCUAGGGAAUCUUUCUUAAAGCCUUCUAGGACCUGUGAAAUCAGUUACGUCUGUCAAUUAGACAUUAUGGUGGUAGCAAAUUAAAUAUAUGGAGUGUAUUAUGACUACACAUCAAAAUGUAUAAAAUAUAUCUCUUAAAUUGUUCCAGUUAAAGAAUUUGUGUUGCAGAGGUAUGAAAGUGUUUUAUUAAAGUAACUGCAGUACUCCAA